GGAGGAGAGACAAGGUCUGAGAGAGAGGCAGAAGCGGAUAUGUACUUUGGAAAUGGGAUAAUGCCUGGGGGCGGGGCAGGCAGGGGGAAGGCUCACAGUGCUGUGUGUUGAUGUGAAAGAGAUCACAGCUGUGAGGCAGAACGCAUGUAGAGAGAGGAUAGGAAAGCAGAGUCGGGACUCAGGAGGUGGGUUGAUGCGUGUUGGCAGACCGAAAGAGGAGUGAGACAGAGUACUACGAGGGGGCACGGAGACAGGGAGUGGGCUCAGGUUCAGUCCAGUCUGUAAGUGGGGGGAGCUGUGACGAGUUGUGGAUGUCAACUUUAUCAUCUGCGGGGAUCAGCGGGUGACAGUUGCAGAUGAGGCAAACGUGCUGGUGGAUUACCAUGAGUGUCCUCUGACUGCCCCAGAAUGCUGCAUCUGCACCAGGGGAAAAACUGGCCGUGGCCCGCCUUCAGAGGGAAGUUGCACGGAGCAAGAGUGAGGGAACAAUGCGAGAAAAGCUGAUCCAUGAGCUAGAGGAAGAGCGACGGCUGCGUCUGGAGAGCGAGAAGCGUCUCUGCGAAGUGACGAAGGAAUCCGAGCUGGGCCGGGCACAGAUCGUCUCCCUGCAGCAGCAAUUCUCCAGGAUGGAAGAGACGGUGCGCUCACUGCUGCAGAAUCAAGGGGUCGUGGAGCAGACGACGAUAGACACCGCGGACAUCACGAAGGCCUUUGAAGAGAAAUUCUCAGAGGAAGUGCCAAAGCAGUAUGAUUGCCCAGAAGAGAGCAGCCCCCUGCCGACGACUCAGAUGGAGUCUGAGUCUGGGAUGCGGCCGCACACCAACACCAGCCAAACAGACGAUAACGAUGACAGAACCAAGCUUCUGUUAGAACGCCUGAAGACCCUGGAGGAGAGGAACUCCGUCUUGGCGUUGGAGAACGAAAGCCAGAGGGAGCAGUACGAACGCUGUCUGGAUGAGGUCGCCAAUCAGGUUGUGCAGGCACUUGUCACACAGAAGGACCUGAGAGAAGAAUGUCUCAAGCUGCGCACUCGAGUUUUUGACCUGGAACAGCAGAAUCGGGCACUUGGGGUUCUGUUCCAGCAGCGUAUCAAGCCCACCUCGGAGCUGCUCCUGCAGAAACUCCAGUCACGGAUCAUUGAUCUGUCGGCGGCUGACUUGCUCCAGGAGCCAGAGAAAAGCAAGGCUUUCUUACUGUCCAGGAACACAGAUUCUCCUUUAACUGAGAUACAGUUUAUUGGAAUGUCAGGUUUGCCCAUCACCAAGUGUCUGAGCCAGCUGAGUCUGACAGCGCCUAUGCCAGUGUACCCACGCAGCAGCUGUAGCAGCAGUGAACUGUCCCUGUCAAGCGCAUGCAGCGAACUCUCUAGCGGCUCCUACACCUGGAACGACGGCCGCUCCUGUGGGAAAGUGCAUUCAUCUCUCACCUGGGAAAAGAGGCUAAAUUUGGGUUCGUCUGCCCCAAGUAACAUCAGUGCCUCACUGGAGGAACAGAUGCCCACUCGGCGCAAGGAGACCAACAUAUUAGAGGGGCUGAGAAAAUUGCAGAGGAGGAAGCACAGGUCCUCGUCUUCAUCCAAGGUCUCCAAGUCAGGCUACAAAGACUGUAUGAAUUCCAACGAGGGCAUUUACUCACUUGGUAUCAAGAGUAGCAGUAAAGGUGUGUCUAAGCCCACCCAUGUUGGCAGAGCACCAGUUCUUGUCGGGAAAAAGUUUUUGGAUGAUUCUGAUGAUGCAGAUGAUGAGCUUUUGCAAUCUCGCCAUGCAGCUGACAUCCCCGACAAGGACAGCUUGUUCUACGGCAAGAGGCUCUCACACAGCAUCUCUGAUACACUGUGUAGCUGGGAGGGGAUACAAGACAGUGGUGGUGUGGAUGACAAUAGCUCAGGCCUUGUGGUGGCACAGCCCCCCAUUGAAUUUGACUCAAAAGAGCAUCCUGAGAAACUCCCGAGUUUCAUCGGCAGUUGUCUCACUGAGAGUGGACGGCCAUCAGCAUUCAAGAGAGUGUCUGUGCUGCAUGUUACCCCUUCAGAUCCAGAAGGCUCCAACUGCUUCUCGGAUAUGGACGAUCCAGAAGAACUCAAAUGUGAUUCUAGGGAUUUGCAGGUGCCCUUAACCCAACAAAAAGAGCAAGCAGAGAGGAUAUCACUGAAUGCUUUCAUGCCACAGCGCUUGCAAACGGACCAAGUACGCAUCCAGUCUGCAGAUGGGAGACCUGAACCUGUCAAGGCAACUCAAGGAGCAAAUAAUUAUCUAUCCGAGGAGAGCAUCUUGGCAGUAUUUGAUGCUCAAGGGGAGCCAUUAGAAUUAAGCCCUCAGAAGCUUACCAAAGGUUCUGAUCCCACAGUUGGGAUACCAGCUAGCAAAGUAGAGGCUACAUGCAAUGAAUUAGACCCUCAAGAGAGGCCAGCAAGGCAGAAAUCUAUACCUACAGGAAAUUACACAGUCCUGGAUUGUCCAGAGAAGCCAUCGGAAUAUCAGCUCAGGACCAGCAAAACAAACAAUAGUAGGGGGUGCAAUGCUAAUCGGUUGUCAAUGCAGCUUACGCCACAGAAGAAGCUAAUCAAACCACCUGGCAGCCGAGCUAAUAAAGGACAUUCAAUCCCACCGCUGAAUGAUUCUACUAGUCAUCUGUCUAGUGGCUCAAAACUACGAGGUUGUAAUAAACCUUCUGCAUCUCCGAUCAGAUUGUCAAAGGGUACUACCACUGAGCCAAACAGUGGAAACUCAGGAACUCCUAGUCAGGAGAAAACACCCCCACCCCCAGUAACUAAAAUGCCCAGAUUCAUCAAGAGCACCCCGAGCUCAAAGGUGGUAAACUCCAAGCUUCCUAAUAGGUCUGAAUGGAGUAAAGGCUCUUCCCCUAGUUCCCCUCAACUCUCAAAGAGACACUUAGAGUAUGGUAACAAUUCUGAACAGCCAACCAGAGACAAACACUGUGAAAGUAUGAAAAACAAGCUCAGGUCCCCUUCUCCACCCCCUGCCCCUGGUCGCACCACCUCCUUACUGAUCAAACCAAAUUAUGAAGGGUCACCUCAAGCACACAAAACAGUAGCUCAGCCAUCCACAACAACCACUGUGAGGGGCCCUCCCCCAAGUUACUACACCUCUGUCCAACCAAAUAUGCAAGCUACACUACCUAUUAAAGAAAAAGACAUCGACAUGGAUGCCGGCUAUGGGACUGCACUUGCACCUCAGAAACUGGUUGACAAAACCAGUCAGCACCUUCAAAGGUCCUCUGGCAUAACACCUAUUUUAGGCACUUCAAGGCGAAACACCUCAAAAGACUACCUCCCCUCCACCAACUCAGGCUUUGACCUGGAUAAUGAAAAUGCACCUAAAAGCUCAAAGAAUGUCCCCCCUCCCUAUAAUGCCAUCAGAGAGUCCUCACUUCACAGCUCAUUUGAAAAUAAGGGAGGGUCCACCCAUGAAUAUGACCAUGAGUCUGUGCAGAAGCCCUCAGUUAGUUUACCAGUUUCACUUCAGGGGGCACCAACGGUGAAAACUGAAAACUUUAAAAAUUUUGUCAGCCCGCCAAGCUCAGUCGUGAUCUCCCCUAACUCAUCAGAGAAGAGUCAAAAGACUCGCAUCUCGAUGGGAUUCAAAGCAUUUUUAAAAUCUCCCCCAAGUCAUAAAAAUAGUCCCACUUUGCCAGACAAGCAAGAGAAAGAUCAUAUCAACUUAGUUUCCAAGGAGACAGUGACUUCAAACACCUCCGGCAAGUGUGACAGCUGGCAGCCUGUAUACAGUAUUGAUCCACCCACCAAGAUGUCUGUUACAGAGGUGAAAGGUGUGGCUCACUGUAGGUUACUGGAAGAGGAGUUAAGUCCUGUUUUGACACCGGGGGAGGGGGAUGUCUGCGAUAAAGGGAAAAGGAGCAGUCAACUUUUCUCUCGAUCCGUAUCCAUUACCACCAAAUCCCACCUAAAGCCAGCCUUGGGAAUGAACGGGGCCAAAGCUCGGAGCCAGAGCUUCAGUACCAACUACAUUGAGAAACCCAACAUCAAUGUUCUGGAGGUGACAGGGAAAGUCAGAACUCAGAUCAUCACCAACUCAACAGAGAGGGGGAACUCUUUGUCCAGACAAACUUCCUUGGAAGUACCCAGCGUUGGGUUGGCCGAGAGUCCAAUCUAUUCUCCCAGGGCAACACCCAACAACCAAAAUGUUCCAACUGAGAGAACCUCUAAGUUAAUAUCCAAAGGUGAUGAAUCUCAAGGCACAGUGAAGGGGCAGACAGUCACGUCGCCCUCUUACAGGGAGACGUGCGGUUUGCCUAUCAGUGAAAAAAAUAGAAUAAAUAACAUCUGUCGGCCUGCAAAACUCGCCUCGCAUGUUCAACCUCCAGCCUCCUGUCCUUGUGGUUCAGAAAAUGUAACAGGAGGAAAAGCAUCCACCCCUAAUGAGGACGAAUUUAAUUCAGGAGUAAAAACCCAGACAGACUCCCCGAACAAACCCGCAGACAUAGAGGACAAAAAAGUCAGCCCAUCAGCCUGCACUAUUGAAGAGAAGGUCAUGAUGGGAAUCGAAGAGAAUCUGCAAAAAUGUCAAGAACAAGAAAAGGUCGCUGCGAGUGAGGCUAAACAAAAGACUGGCCCCUCACUGGCAAACUGGUUUGGCUUCCGGAAGAGCAAACUUCCAGCUCUGACUGGAAAGAAAGCAGAUGUACCCAAAGGAAAAGAGGAGAAGAAAGAGAUGAAGAUUGGAUCGGUGCUCGGAGGCAAAGUCACAAAGUUGGACAAGAAGAAGGAGAGGAAGAAAAAUGACAGUCUGGAGGCGCAGAAUCAAUCUGAGACGAGCAACAAGCUGAGCUCCAUCAUGGACCACUGCAACAAUCAAAUGGGCCAGAUUGCCAGUCAGAUCCAGUGCACCACAGCAUUCAUUGGCAAGGACCAGUUUGUGAAAGAGCUCUUUUGCAGGACUGCUGGAAAAGGCAACUUAGUCAGUACAUCGCCGACAGGGAUCGCCACACCCAAGAAGCGUUCUGAGAUGAAAGGAGACAUGCAGAUCUGUCCCGAUGCUGCUACCCUCUUAAUGAGUCAGAAGCUCAACUUAAGGGGUGACAACAAAGAGGGAGGCAUGGCAGAUCCUACGGGUCAAGACCACAUGAUGGGUUCUAGCUGCCAAAUGAGAACACUGGACAGUGGGAUUGGGACCUUCCCUCUUCCUGACUCUGUCACACGAGCAAGUGGACGCCACAUUCCUAAAUGUGACUCCAGCGUGGAUGGGGUGACUGCUGAGCCUCCCUCCCCUCUUCCAGAAAGCUCACACCCUAGUGUCAUAAUGCCUUCCCUACCCAACACCUGCCUACAUGCUCCUGGAAGCUUGGGUCACUCCUUCUCGGACCCAACCCUUACUUACAGUGGUUACACCCCGGAUUCCCAGACCCGAUUGCCCAAACUCACCGGUGUAAACAGGACAAAGAGGUUGAGCCUGUUAACCCCACGGAGCAGUGGUUCACCUUCAAAUGAGGACAAGGACGAUGAAACUGUGAGGAAGAUGAAAACAAAGGAACAUGACAAUUCUGCCGAGAGAGCCCUGCGAUUGUGUACGUACUUGGGCAGCAGCAGCGGCAGCGAUACUGAGACCGAACUUGAGCGACCUGCAGUCAAUUUGAGGCCGACGCAAAGCUUGGGGAUCAACUGCAGCAAGACAAUUAACUCUGUCGACCAACGUGAAAAGACGCUGAGGAGUAGCAGUGUGGAGCAUCCUCUGUCAAUCAUGGACUUCUACCAAGAUGAUAUGUUCUCUCAACUGGAGAAGGACAGCAAGAGGAUCAGUCAGUACGACCUGUUGCACAAAGAAACACCCAUCAACACAAGAGACAUACUCAGUAAGGAAACUGCGCCGGGAAAGACGGCCAUCUGCCCCAAACAGCCCGGCUCGCUGGGUGUCACCUUGGAGUCACUUAACAAGCUCAAUCACAGCAGCUCGAGCGUCCGCAAAGAGUCCGUCACUGAUGGUGGGAGGUUAGAGGCAUUGUGUGGCAGCAAGGUAGAAGAGCCAUCCUCAUCCGGUUUCUCAGGCAAGACUGGCGCUGAUCCAGCAGGCUUCCUCAGUGACUCGCUUUACAACAGCUUUUCGUCCUGCAACAGUCAAGUCUCCAACGAUGUGUGACAGGACCCCCACCUCCACCCCCAACCAUGCGUGACUAUUUGGGUGUCCAACAGCGUAGAUUGACUGACCGCUGCGAGUGUUCCUGCUGCCUGCGGCGGCCGGGAAGAUUCAACUUUGAUUUGAGUGACUGCAGUCCUGCACCUCACCUCUUGAUGAAGAGCCCAACCAAAAAGCACUUAGAGGCGGAAAGCUCAAACCAGUAGUUUGAUGGUAGCAAUACGUGACUCAUUGCACCUUGUUGUGUCCUUUUGGGUUUACACUGUUUUUUGGGCCAAAUCAAGUCAAUGACAAUACUGGCAGUGGCUUAGGAUCUUCCGAGACAUUUAAUCUGCUGCUACAUCUGGCCCUUCACGUUGCACCCGGCUCAGUUUUCUUCAGACUUCUUCCAAUAUCAAAGAAGCGGACACUUGAUUUGACUUCCUAAAAGUGUCUUCCAACAUGUUCUUGGUUCUGAAAAACUCAUUUAUAAGAUUGACAUCUCUAGGCUCAUCUUCUUGAGACAAAUGAGGAAGUUGUUUCUUUACUUACUAAACUCCUCUUUAGCGCAGAUUAACAGACUGUUGGUAGCUCAGGGAACAUACUGAACUCAAAUCGAUUGUACCAUCAGGAAGACGUUGACUUGCAUACAAACACCACGAAUAAUUUGUUUCUCGGUUUCCCGCGACGCAAAGUCCAUCUCGUGUGUGUGUGGUUUUCUGCAGCAAACCUGAACCAAAACUCACUUCUCAGAUGUAUGAUUAUUUUGUAAAUAAAAGUGGUAUAAUUUAAUAUCAGAAGGGGCAUUGCUAAUUCAUAUAUGCAAAUAUGAACACAAAAAUACACCUGUACAUUCUUUUUGCCAAUCUUUCAAAUGAGCUUUUGAAAAUAGCUUGUUACUUGUCUUAUUGAAUUCUUUUGGGGUUCUUGUUUGAAUAGAAAUCUUUAUUUUGAUCAAAAGAAGAGCUAAAAUAUUUUAUUUUAACAGACAUACAUCGGUGACGUCAUGCCGAAUUCCUAUUUGGAACUUGACCAGCUGGUGCUAAUCAACACAGCAGACUUUGUGUCGCAAUUUUUUCAUGAAAGUGUUGAUAGUGUGUGUGACUGCGGAGAGCUUGUGUAUUUUUCUAUAGGUGUCGAGUAUUUAUACCCAUGUUUUUGUACUAUCGGACUGUAGUGUGAUUCACCUCUCUCCUUAAAUGUUCCCUUGGGAAUGGUUACCAGCAGUGUUACUUUGGCAAAUAUGAUUAACGAUUCAUUGUUUUAAUUAUUACUGUGUGCAAUCUUUGUCCGUUACACUAAUGCUCUAUUUUAUGUAACUAUUUCUGAAAUAAAUAUGACAAAUAUUUUCUGUUGGCA